CAGCACGCGGAUGCUACGCUUCGUUUUUUUCUUGUGGCCUGCGUUUACAAAAGCACAAGCAGCGCGCUCUCUUGCUUUGACUCUUUAACUUUGAAUUACACUCUCUGGCGCUCUCGACACAGCAACGAUUGCUGCUGGUGCUGUUGCUGCCGCCGCUGCUGCUGCUGCUGUUGCUGUUGUGUGUUCUUGAGUUGGCGCUGUCGCUGGCUGCUGUUUUUGUUGUUGUUGUGUGGUGGUCUCGGUCUCGGUCUCUGUUUCGGUUUCGGUUUCGUUUGUCUGCCUGCUGCUGCUGCUGCUGGUUUGAUUUUUGUGCGCUCCGCAGCGUCGUCGUCGUCACCGCCGUCGCCGUCGUCGUCAUUGUUGCUCUGCAGCUGCGUUCGUGCGCUUUUUGAAAAUAGUUACAAGAUGUUCAUCGAAGUGAGUAGAACGCCGGCGCGGUGAAUUGGACAAACACAAAAGUCAGCCGCCGUUGAAGAUAUCGCAUGUGGUUGAACUGUAACUGAAAACUGAAAUUCAAUUUCAGACUGCAACAAGAAGCAAAUGUGUGAACGCUGAUAAAAAACAAAAAUACAAAAUAAAAAUAAAUAACAAAAAGAACUCCAAAGCACAUGCUAAAUUGGAGAACCAAACACAAGUUCCAAAAUAAUACGAUACAAUUUUUGUGGCGCGAGUUUUUUCAAGAAUUCAAGAAUUAUCAACGACAACAUCAGCCAGCAAACAGCAUCAGCUUUAAAGUCCAUGUCCAAGUAAAGUGCAAUCCAUGCGGAGCUGCUGUUGUUAUUUUUAAAUCGCUGACCGCAGAAAAUUUAACGCUAAAAAUAAAACAGACCAAAAAAAAAAAAGAAAGAAGAAAAGCAAACAAAAUACAACAAAAUAAAAAUAAUAUCGUAACGCGUCGAGUUUUUCCUUUUCGGCGCUCUAUAAAAAUACCCGCAAAUGCAAAGGGUAACAACUCGAAAGUGACAAACACCAACAACUGCAACAACUGCAACAACAACAACCGCAACAACAACAACUGUUACAACAACAACAACAAAUCGGGAAAAUAAGAAGAAAAGUGCGUGCAGCGGCAUUUUCCACAUACAAAAUAGUUUUCAUGUGCUCCGUUUUUUAUGUGGAAUAUUUUUUGGAUACAUUUUGCCGUAGCCGAAGCAGGGCUUAAAAACCUUUUGCUUAAACUUCGAAAAAGCUGACAUGUUCAAGGCCAGCGAACGCGCCACUUUAUGUUUGGUUAAGCAAUAGCCAAUCGACCAGGAGAAGAAAUCAACCCCAAGCACAGACACGCACACACAUCCGCACACACACACACUUGCACACAUAGAGAGCAGCAGCAUGGAUCUGCCGUCGAUGGUGCAGCGCUCCGGCGAUACGCUAAUCGUACGCAGCGUGGUGAGCGGCAAUCAGCUUUACAUGGAGCAGGGCCACAAAGGUGGCAACAGCAGCAACAGCAACGAAUCCCCACCGCUGGACACGCAGACAUCGGCAUCGCCGCCGGUGGCAAGUGCGCUGGAGCAGCAGCUGGAAAGAUAUCGGCUGCAGCAGCUGUUGCAGCAACAGCAGCAGCAGCAACAGCAGCAACAACAGGCGGCAGUUGCAGCAGCUGCCGUUGUCAACAGCGUACAACAGCAGCAACAACAACAACAACAACAACAGCAGCAGCAACAGCACGUGGUGCUCUCGCUGGAUGCCAAGGAGGAGGGAUUGCCGCAGUGCAAGAUCAAGCGGAAUUACAGCUGCAACCAUUGCGCGUACUUCACGCAGAAUCCGCGCUACCAUUUGACGCAUCUGCGCGACGUGCACGGCGAGAAAAUUGUGAUAAAUAAGUGCAAGUUGUGCCUGUAUGCUUCCCGCCACUUCCAGAAGCUGGUGCGCCACAUGAAGAUGGUGCACGGCUGCACCGAUGGCAUACCCAGCGGACAUGGGCAGGCGCGCGGCAAGCGCGGCAUGAGCCGUGAGGCGCGCAAGCGACGACUAGAGGAGAGCGUCGGCGUUAUGGGCGGCCAGUCGCUGACCAUGUCUGUGCCGGACGUGCCCACGCUGGAGCAGGUGAAGCGUGAGCUGCAGCUGCAGGAGCAGAAGCUGCACCGCGGCAUCGAGGCCUACAUGCAGCGACAGCGCGAGGAGCAGCAGCAGCGCGAACAGCAGCUGGAGCUGGUGUCCAGCUAUGGCCGACAGCUGCAGGCCAGUCUGCGGGAUCUGGACCAGCAUGAGCCGUACGAGCGUCAGUCGUCGCCAGCGGAACCACCGACGCCCUCGCCCAGCGGCUCGGCAACGCCGCCGCCGGCGCUCUCGGGCGGCGAGGAGCCACAGAAUCGUCUGCUCAAAUGCAGCGCCUGCGAGUACACCACACUCUAUCGCACCCAGCUGCGCGCCCAUGAGCUGGCCGAGCAUGGCAAGACCAAGUUCUUCCGCUGCGACAAGUGCAGCUAUGUGACGCACAUCAAGGCGCGCUUCAGCAAGCACGUCAAAUACCAUUCGAUGCCAAUGAUCAAGUGCGUCACCUGCGACUUUCGCACACCCUACAAAUGGAAUCUGGACAGGCACAUGAAGAACCAUGGAGGCGCUGGCGCCUUCAAGUGCGCCGCCUGCGACUUUACGGCCGACAUCAAACAGUCGCUGACCGUCCACGAGAUGAACCAUCAUGUGCCGCCCGUCGGCAAUGCCGGCUCCAUUUGGCCGCGUCGCCAGAACAAGGUCGGCGCCAGCGAAAUGUGCGAUGAUUUCCUCAGCGAUUCCGCCGAGUUGGAGGAUCAAUAUAAUAACAACAACCUGGAUGAUGAUCUGGAGGAUGGCGACGGCGGCGCCUUGAGCGGUGAGGAGCACUAUGGCAAGCGCAGCAAGUACGAGGAUGAUGAGGAGCCCACCGAUCUAUCGCAAAAAGGUGGCUGCUCCUCGGACACGUCCAGCGUUGGCACAGCCACGCCACGUGCCCUGCGACCGGUGCCCAAUCUGAUACCCAUCGCAAAGAGCUCGAAGGACGCGCUAAACCUAUCCAAGGAUACAAACGCCUCACGAAGUGUCCUCACAGGGAUCGCCUCGAUGUUCUUCAACGAUAAGCAAAUCUCCGAGAUGCUGGACAAGUCGGAUGUGCCGCAGCUGUCGCCGGCAACGACCAUUGCCUCGAUGGCCUCCUCGCGCAGUCUGUUGACCAAGAAGGGCGGCUCCUUCUUCGACAAGCUGAAGACGGGCGCCCAGCAUGAUAAUCUGAUCUGUCAGUGCGGUCAUGUGGCCAAAUGUCUAUCCGAAUCGAUAAUACAUGGCAAGAGCUGUCAGUCCUCGGCCGUUGUCGUGGACGAAGACGAUGUGGCGCUGCAUGAAGAUGAUGCCGACGAUCGCCUGGAGAUCGACGAAGACGACGAAGAUCGUCAGUCGCACUCGGCGCUUAAUUUGAGCGUCUCCGGCUCCACACGCUGCCAGCACUGUCGCCAUCGCUGCAAAUCGUCCACCGAUCUGCUGCAUCAUUUGACCCAGUGCGCGGAAGCCAUACGCUGUGCGAACGAGAUGUACGAUUCGAAUUCCGGCGAGAGCGGUGAUCGUCGCAGCGAUGCGCAUUCGCUGCAGCAGCAGGCGGCUGUGCAGCAGCAACGGGUUUGCAUUUGGAACAAGGCGGCCAAGGAGCGGGCCGCUGCCGUAGUGCAGCAGGAUAAGGUCAGCCUAAUGACAAAAUCGCCGGGCAGCCAAGCGGCGAGCAACGAAGAGAACAGCUACUACGGAGUGGAAACAGCGCCCGGUUACGGUGAGGUAACCAAAAAGAUGACGCCCGAGGAAGAGGCCGCCAACUCGUCCCUGAAAAAGGUCUACAAGUGUCCGCAUUGCAGUUUCUGGGCAUCGACAGCAUCGCGUUUCCAUGUCCACAUUGUUGGCCACCUCAAUAAGAAGCCAUUCGAGUGCUCGCUCUGCUCAUAUCGCUCCAACUGGCGCUGGGACAUUACCAAGCAUAUACGCCUGAAGACCAUACGCGAUCCCUCGCACAAGACCGCCAAGGUGCUGAUGAACGAUGAGACCGGGCGGCGCAACUAUACCAAGUAUAACAAGUACAUAACCCUAAUGAAGGUCACCGAGGAGGAUGGUGAUCCCAAGCUAAUGAAAUCCGGCGAGAUGACGCCCAAUCAGGUCGCCUCGUUGGCCUUCCUGAAGGACUACCAGAAGGUGGGCGUGGGCGUUGGCACGGGCCAUGACAUUACCCUCGAGCCGGUGUCGCCAAACAAAUCCAAUGCCCUGGACGAUGCACAGCUGGCGGAUAAUCUCAUACGCUUGCCGCUGCUGGCGACCAUGAUGAACGCGGCGAUGGCCACACAGCAGCAUCACCAGCAUCAGCAACUGGAACAGCAGCAGCAACAGGAGCAGCAGCAGCAGCAGCAGCAUCAUUCGGCCAUGAUAACGCCAUCGGUGACCAUAUCGCCAGUGAAACGCACACAUCAAGCGCCGCCCGGCAAGCCCACCGACGAUCUCAUCACUGAGGUGCAUCAGGAGGGCAGCGAGAAGAAGACCUUCUACAGAUGUCGCAAGUGUAACUUCAGACAUCACAAUCGGGAUGCGGUGCUGGCCCAUGUCAAGAUACACUAUCAGGAGUCGAGUUUUCCCAAGUCCAGCUCUUCGGUGAGCAGCACCUCGCCGCUGCAGGUUUCCGUUAGCUCCAAUCAGCAGCUCUACAUGAACAAAGUAUUCGCCGCGAUGUGCCUGUCGCAGCCCUCUCCCACAGCGGGCAGCACCUCAGCCUCAGCUGUUGGCGGCCAGCAGCAGCAGCAGCAACAUUCCAUCAUCUCGGCGGGCCUGCUGCAGCGUGCCAUACAAGAGGCACAGCAUUCGCCGACGCCCAAUGCCAGUGCACUGAGCGGCCUGGCACUGGCGCUAGCCACCGGCAAGUGUCCGCCGGGCACAACGACAACAGCGACAUCGACGAACAGUUUGCCCAAAGCCAAUGCCGCCUCCAUUUUAGAGCACGGUGAGCAGAAAGCGAGUCAAAACGAGGCAAGUGCCGACAGUCUGACGUCGCCCACAAUCACCAGCACAGCCAGAUCGCUACAAGAUCUGCUAACAUCACCACGAACCAGACACGGUCUACACUAUGGUGCGGGUGCUUCGUCAUCAACAACAACAGCGACAGCUGGCGCCGGCCUUGUGGCCACUAAUCCUAAUGCUAACAGUAACUCAAUUGUGGUUAUGGGUACCGGCAACAACACCGGAUAUAGGCUGGAGACGGCUGGCCACAAGAAAUCAUCGAGCGUCGCCGACUAUGUCGCGUCAUCCAAUACACCCACCACCACCAAUACAUCGCCUAUGCCAGUAACUACCACUCCUACUCCUAUUUCUACUACUACUACUUUUCCAACUGGUGCUAAGUCCUCUUUGGUUCAUACACUGGGUACUGGUAAUAAUAACAACAACCACAACAACAACAGCACAUCCCACAAUCUCACCGACACUCAUGCCCAUAACCAACUCAUCGCUGGUGAUGGUUACUAUACAAUGGCAUCGGGUUUAAACCAUGCCAUAACUGCUACUAAUAUAAAAUCCACGCCAGCCUCGUCCAUGUCGUCGUCGUCUUCGUCGUCGCUGCUAUUAUCGGCAUCGGCAUCGGCAUCGGCAUCGUCCUCAUCAGCAUCGCCGGCGUCUGUUGCGUCAUCGCCGCACUCGUCGCCGCCAUCCUCAACGUCGUAUAUGCCACAGAGCAUGCCCGGCCAGGCGACACGUUUCCAUAGCCAUAGUCCAGGUAGUCCCAAUCUGUUAACGAUGAACGAUGCCGAUCGGCGAGAUCCGUCGCCAUAUCGUUGUGGCCACUGCCAUCAGGUGUCGAAUUGGAAGCAUGUGAUCCAGCGGCACUGUCGCUUAAAGCAUUCCGGGGAUAUUCGGAUCGAGACCCUUGAGCGCAGCAACAGCAGCAGCGCUGGCCCCAAUGCGGCGCCCAUUUAUCGUCCACAGGGCGCCGGCGCCAGCAACGAGUCCCAGGCCCACAUCAGCACCAGCAACUACAACAACAACAACAACAAGCCCGGUCAGAUCAACAAUAACAACAACAACAACAGCCUGAGCAGCGCCUUGCUCAGCAGCAAACAGCUGGAGCAGCUGCUGCAUUCACCGCUCUCCGCGAGCGCUGCGGCCGUGGUGAAUGCGGCCAAUACGCAGCAGGAUCUGCAAGCGGCGGCCGCCUAUUGGGCCGCUGCCUGCAAAGCGGUCAGCGCCGCUGCCAGCGGCAGCGCCGAGGAGCUGCUCCAGCUGCAGCAAAACGAUCAAAUCGAGAUCACGCGCUUGCCCUCGGCUGCCGCCGUCGCUGCCAGCAGCAGCUCGCAGGAGCUGCCCAACAACAACAAUAACAACACGAAGAGCAAACAGCAAAAGUGCCCCGUCUGUCCGUACAUCUCGGAGAGCAAAUCCCAAAUGAACUAUCACGUCUCGCUGCACAAGCCCACGCAAUACGAGUGCCGACUGUGCACCUUUGUGUGCGCCAAGAAGCAGCAUCUGAGCAGCCACAUGCGCAGCGUACAUCAGCAGCAACUGGGCGCAGCAGCGGCAGCCGCCGGCGCUGGCCUCGACUUUAGCGUGGCGCUACAGCUGGCUGCGGCCAAGCAGGUGCACCAGCUGCCGACGGCUGCAGCAGCAACGCCGCUGGCCAUCGACCUGAGCCAGCUGCAGCUGGAGGAGAGCAGCAAUGCCGAGCUGCAGGUGCAGCAACAGCUGCCGCCGGAAUACCAAUACAAGCUGAUUAGCUACUGUCCGCGCUGUCCGGCCCGUUUCGCCCAGAAGCACAACGAUGAGCGCAACGCCAAGCUGGAGUUGGAGCAGCAUUUGGCCGCGCACGCGCCCAGCGAGCUGGAGUCGGAUGAGGUGCAUGUGUGCGCCUACUGUGAGUAUCGUGCCGGUGCCGAGACGCUGCUGCAGCUGCAUCGUGCCGUGCACAUGUCGCACUACCAGGAGAAGUGCCAGCAGCUGUAUAGAAAUUGCAAAGAGGAUGUCGCAUAUCCGGCGCCCAAGCUGCUGCAAAUAACUGGACCCGAAACCAUUUGGGUGGUGGACAAUGAGCUGGGCGCACAGCUGUUGCGCCAGAGCGCACUCAGUUCCUCGAGCAACAGCUACGAUGGCCAGAACUCGCUCUUGAAGAAGCAACUGGAGUCGGGCGGCGUUGGUGCUUUGAUUCGUGAACAGACGCCACCCAAGGCCAAGGAGGCCGAGGAGGAUGAGGAGCGUCACAGCAGCUCAACGCCCUCGACCAGCGCCUCGGUGGCCACUAGCGAUUUGGCCGCAGAUGCCAGCAGCGAUGCCGGUUCGCUGGACAUGCCGCAGUCGGCGCCAACGCCACAGCGCUGCCAGCAUUGUCCCUACGAGACGCUGCAGCACGAGCAGCUGGCAGAGCAUAUGCAGAAACAUGCCUGCAUCAGUCAGCCCAGCCCCGAGGCGCAGCAGUGUGCCCACUGCGACUACAAUGCCGUCGAGGAGGCGGAACUGGAGGAGCACACCGCUGUGCACUUCAAUGCCAGCGAGAAGCUUAAAUCUGUCGACUUUUUCACCUGCUACGACAAGCUGGAGAUAAGCGUGGAACAGGAACCGGAGCCGUUCGAGCAGGACGACAAGGAGCAGACGGAGCACAACAAUAACCAGGACAAUGUCGUCAAUGCCAAUGUGCAGCAGCAGGACGACGCAGAAACGGAACAGCUUCACCAGGAGCCGGUCAAGAAACCCAGCACCAAGCUCAUACUCUAUAAGAACGAUGGCGCACUCAGCGUUAAGCCCUCCAUGGAGGAGGACAGCACCACGUCGACGACGACAACGCAGCGCGCCGAGAAUAUCAGCGAUCGCUUGAGGCGUCGCAGCUUGCGUGGAGGAGCCUUCGCUGCCACCACGUCCACCACGGCAACAACAACAACAACAACAGCUGCAGCUGCAUCUGCAGCUGCGCCGGGCAUAAUGGAGGCAACUGAUAAAAUGAUACUGGUCAAUGCCAAGACGGGCAAAGUCAUUUUCCGAAAGUAGGCGUGGCCCAAGUCACAGCUGCACCGCAAACCUUUCUUUCACUAUUGUAUUUUUCAUAGGAGCAUAUAAUUAAUAUUAUUAUUAUUAUUAUUAUUAUUAUUUUUAUUAUUAUUAUUUUUGGGGUUGUUAAUGUUUUGUUGUUUUCAAUUGGGUAUCUAGUUAGUCGAGUUUUGUUUUAAGCACCAAUUAUUAUUUAAUUGUUACUAACAAAAACACACACACACACAGUUGACACCGUUGGAACAUGUUCCUGCACCUUGAAUCAUAUUUAUAAGUUGUUCAUUAACAAAACUUAUUUGUUUAUAUUAAAAAAAAAACGUCAGCUAUUAUACUUUGUUAUGUCUAAAACCUUAGCGCGGUGCAAAAUAUAAAUAUAUAACUAAAAACGAAUCAAAACUUAAAUAUUUAAAUCGUAUGAUCAAAAGCAUAAACAAAAGCGUUUCAAAGAAAUCAAACUUGUGCAUGACAAAAUCAAAAAACAACAAAAAACAAAAACAAACAAAUUCAAAAUUAGUCUUGCUGCAAACAAUUUGUUUUUGAAUGGGAACUGUGAUUAUUGAAUAUUGUAAAUUAAAAUAUAUAAAAAAAAAAGAAACAAAUCUCUAAAUUUAAUUAAAAAAAAAAAAUAACAAACACGUAUAUCAUUCAAUGAAUAUGGUACUUUAUACAUAGUAUAUACAUAUUUACAUCAGCUGCUAUGAAAUACGCAAAAUUUCAAAAUGAGAAAUCAAAUAUGAAAAUCUAUGAAAAUACUGUGUAAUAAUUUGCAAUAUUUGCAAUAUGAUUUUGUACAACUGCAGCACAGCAUUAAAUAAGUACUAUUUAAGUAAUUAAUUUCUAUUUAAAGAUUAAUGUUUAAAAUGGUUUUGUUUUACUAUACAUCAUUAUUGUUUAUUGUAGCACAGUGUAUCUUGUGCAAACACUAUAUAAAAAGAAAAAGAAAAAACAAAAAAGUUGAAAAAACGUUAUCAUAAAGUCUAAGGAAACGAAAUGAACACAUGUGGAAUAGCGGGGCCAUAUUUAAAUAGUUUAAAGCAAACAUUUAAACAAACAAAAAACAAUAACAGUAACAGUAACAGAAGAGUAUACAGAAACUUACUUGAAUAUAAACGCAACCGCCUUUGAUAUACAUAUACAUAAUUGUAUCUAUAUCUAUAUAUUUAAAUAGUAUUUAAUUAUCAAAUACGUCUAAUUAGUUUAGUGUAAAUAACUUAGUUUUGUUUACUAUGCACAUACAGAAACAUAUACAUAUAUAUAUAUAUAUGAACCCACACACAUACACAGCCAACACAAAUACACACAUUUACGGCAUAAAUUUAAACAAAGAAAAUGUACAAAAGAAAUGUUAAUAAAAAAAAAUCAAAAUUAAUAAAAAUACACAAGUUGCAUUUACAAAUUUUA